AUGCACACUAACGUGGGCAGCAGAGUUCUCGAUGAAGAAGGGUUUUUAGGAACAUUUCCGCCUCCAGUUUAUUAUGAUGAAGACGGAAUUGCCAAUGUACUUGCUAUGCGUGAGAUGAUUGCUGCGGGAUACCACAUUACUAUGGAUACUGAUUUUGACAAUGCCUUUGUUGUGCAUUGCGAUGGAGACAGACAGAUGCGAUUUUUUAAUCGUAAGGGUGUGUAUGUGUUGGAGCAACGUGGAGCGAAUGUCGAACCAGGUGGCAAAGAGACAAGUGCGAUGUAUCGCCAGUUAAGCAACGUAAAUAAGCAACCCCAUUUCGAACUUUCUUCAAAACAGAAUGGAAAUGCUGGACUCGGGAUGACUGCGAAAAUGGCAACAGUUCGAAAGAACAAGGAAGGAUUCACUCCAAGACAAGUCAAGGCUGCGAUGGAAGCGAGAAGUGUGAUGCACGUACUCAAUGCCCCAAGCACCAAAAGUCUGAAGUAUGCGAUCCGAUUUGGUCUCAUCAAGAACUGUCCUAUCACUAAAGAAGCGAUCAAUCAUGCCAAAGCAAUCUUUGGACCUGACGCCUCUACAUUGAAAGGCAAGUCAACAAGACCAACUCCGAAGAAGACGUAUGACGACUUCUUCAGUCCACCAGAGGAAUUGUAUCAGCACAAUCGAUCUAUUACCGUCUGUAUUGAUCACAUGGAAUUCGAGAAUGCUAAGUUUCUCACCUGCAUUGAUACCACUGUGCGUUAUCGCUCGUGUAUUCCCGUGCAGAACCUGAAGACUGACCCUGUAUUUGAAGCAUUGGAUAAGAUAUUCCGCCGCUACAACAAGGCAGGUUUUCAAGUCAAGAUCAUCAAAGGUGAUCUGGCAUUCAUUCCUCUUACGGAUGAUAUGCUGGACGAUACGGGUGUUACUAUUGACCCAAAUUCAGCUGGAGACCACGAGCCUACAGCUGAGCGAAACAAUCCGACGCUGAAAGAUAGACAACUCAUUGAUAAUGUCAAUAUCAACUACAAGAGUGACAUGGUUGCUGAACUUGGACAGUAUGUACAUGCAAUUGGGACGGAUUCCAACAAUUCGAUGGAACCGCGAAGUAUUGAGGCGAUUUACAUUGAACCUGCGAAGGGACAACGUACAGGGCACCGAGCGCUCAACCUGAAUACUAAGAAGAUGAUUUCUCGACCCAAGGUUGUUGUACUACCCGUUACCGAUCAAGUAAUCCAGCGUGUUGAAGCUUGGGCUGCUGCCAAAGGUGUUACUUCCAUGAAGUUCUUUGAUAAGAAGAGAGACUUGGAAACAUUUCAAGAUGGCGAUCAAAUUGCAGGACCCGUUAGAAGCACAUUUUGCUGGGAACGAAACAGAAGUGACUUAGAGGAAGCCUUUGAUCAGGACUAUGAACCUGAAGAAGAAGAAGAACGUGGACAAUUCGAUGAUAUUGAUGACUCCGAAAGGAAAGAGCUCUUGGCAGAUGCAGACAAUGAUGUCGAUGAUAUGCCGGAACUCACUGUCAGAUUCCAAGGGGAUGAUGACUAUGAAUCAGAUGACGACGAUUCGGGUGAUGAAGGCGAUGAAGAGGAAGAACCUACUGUGGCCGAUUUGGAUCACCAUCAAGAAGAUGUCGAUAGAGGAACCGAUGAUAUUGGGAGCCUCGUUACUGAUCUGGAGGAUCUACAAGAACCGCCAGAAGAAGAGAUUGUAUUUGAGCCUGAAUUGCCUCAAGUAGCAAAACUCACUCGAUCUGGGCAAACGUAUGCGCAAGCUACAAUGUCAGGGCUGAACCUAUCUCAGGUUCCAAAGAAAACAAGAGAAUGGCCUUCAAGCAGGAGUGGCAGUUCUGCCAAUAAGAACAAAAAAAAUCGAGUUGCGACAAGACGCAAGCAUCGAGAGAGGGAAUUAUAA